AUGAAAAUUUUCUAUUGUUUAAUUUUAAUUAGUUAUCUUCCUGAUACUUUUGAGCAACCCGAAAAUUUUAAAAAGCAAACAGAUUUAAUUCCUAUUUCACUUGAUCUUGAGCAUAACGGAUACAAAAUCAGGGAAACCUUUCUAUGGAAUCUUCAUGAAAAACAAAUCACCCCCGAGCAAUUUUCUGAAAUUUUGUGUGAAGAUUUGGAAGUUCCGCAGUCUUUUGCUAAAGAAAUUGCAGAAUCUUUAAUUGAACAAAUCGAAGAUUACAGCAUUUUUAAAGGAUUACUUUCGACUUAUAAUUUUACGGGAGAGCAACGUGUUCUAAUAAAUCUUGAAGCGUACGUGGGAAAAUUGCAAUAUACUGACCAGAUUGAAUGGGAUUUGAACUGUUCUGACAAUAAUCCCGAACAUUUUGCUGAAGUUGUUUGCGCAGACUUGGGGCUCAGCGGGGAAUUUGUGGCAGUCAUUUCGCACGGCAUUCGUGAACAGAUUUACUUUAAACUAAAAGAUCUUAUCGAAAGUCAUUCUCUUGAAAAACUUCCUGCAGUUUCUUUUCCUCCAGUUCGCGUUGAAGAAAUUAAAAAGAAUGAAAAAAUUGCAUGGGAGCCACAUCUCGAAAUCGCUUCAGAGGAAGUUAUUGAGCACUACUUGAACGCUAAAUUGAGAGAAACGCGACGGCUGAAUAGAUCAAGAAAGCGAAGAAAAACCUCUGAAGUUCCCAGUAAACUCCGAGCCAGGACCACUAAAUCCGUUUAUACUUUCUAAAGGGGAACUUUUACUCAAAAAAACAAUAAUUAGGCGAUAAGUUUGAAACAAAAUUUUAAUUGUUAAGUUUU